AGCAGGUGAAGUAGAGUUCACCUGUUUCAGUCUUCUCAACAUAUGAAAGGAUAAUGUGGUCAGACCCAUUCUCAGCCUAAGGUGUGAUGUCUUUUUGAAUAUAGUUCUGACUUUUUGUAAAGAUGUGUGACAGGGGGAAGGGAAGGGGAAAGAUAAAAAUCGUCAAACAAACAUGACGUUAUUUAUGGAUAACCCUCGAAACACACGGUUAUUCAAGAAAAUCGGAUAGUCUAGUUCUUACUAAAUUGCGUACAAUGCGAACAUUAUAUUUUGUAAAUCACAACUAAAGCUGUAGCUUCAGCUUUAGCUUCGUCUUCAGCUUUCUUUCUCUUUCGGUUUCUUUCUCACACCUAUUAGUUCGGGUACUUGCAGGUAAGUUGUAGGGAAAUUGUUCUUGACAUAGUUUGCCGUUUGCUCUCUGUUUAACGGGAAAAUUAAAGUAUAUUCAAUAUUCGAGUUUAAAGUGAUCGAAAAUUGACCUUAAUCUUAUCUAUUUGGUUCCGUAGGCAUCUGAAAAUACCAGAUACUCAGAAAAGUCUUAUUGGACGAGAAUAAUUGAACGCUUUUUCUCCUGAGAUUUAAUUAUUAAAGGGACGCGUCGGCGUCUGAAUUUAAACUUUAAAUUUUCCCCGUGCCUUGCCGACUUUGCCAAAUUAUACGAAGAAAAACUUUCUUUAAAUUAUACUAAACAGUUUACAAAUAGUUGUGAAAAUAAAAAAUAAAAAUUAAAAAGAUUUACCGCUCUAUUAUACCCAUAAAAGGGGAUUUACUUUUGUCAGGUAUUUCAACUUUUAAUUCCCUUAGUACUUUGAUUACAUGCAAAAAAUAAACGAUAAUAACAUGAAAAAAGAAAAAAAAACACAUAUUUUAAAAUCGAUUCUACUAAAUUUCCUAAUACGGUGCUAAAAAAACAACUUCUGUGAUAUCUGAUAUUUGGAUAGACUACUUGCUAAACCUGCUACUUAAAAAAAAAAUAGGUUGCUCGUUUUGCCUGCAGUUUAACUUGUUAAUUUAUUUAGUAUACUAGUUUUGUUCAGAAAAGUACACAUUAAAGCAGUCACCCUUUAUAUCAUGUAAAUGUUCUGACAUCAGCUAAAAUAGUAUCACCACUAUUAUGGUCAAACUAACAUUUGUUUUUACAUUUAAAGUAACUUUAAUUAAUCAAAAUUUCAUACAUAAUUCAUAAAAUUCUUAUACUAAUUUUUUUGUUUCACAUACGUUUGUAUAGGUUGGAAAUGAAUCAAAAUCAAUAACUCAAAAGAUGUUUUAUUAAAUAGCAAUGGAAAUAAUUCAGUUCGAGACAACACCAAUGGUAUCGAUAAAAUAAAGUGUAAUGAGUUUGUUUCCGCUUGUAAACAAGGCGACCUGUCAACAAUAAAAAGUAUUUUAUUUGAAAAUAACGCGAGUGUCUAUUAUAUUGAUACUAAUAGGUCUUAUGCUUUGCUACUGGCUGCAGCGAAUGGUCACACAUAAGUUGUUGGAUUUCUUUUAGAUAAGAGAGUCAAAAUAAGAUGUACCAAGUACAUUACAAAGAAAAACUUUAAAGGAAGCCUGCUUCUUGGGACAUACGCAUACUGUUCGUUUUUUAUUAACAAAAGAGUUUGAUUUUUAAAAAAAAAUGAAUAACAAUGGAAAGAGUGCGUUCGUGUUUGCUUGUGGUAACGGAUACUUAGAGACGGUGAAAUUACUUCUAGAACAAAACGCAAGUCUCAUUGAUUUAGAUAGUAGUGGAUGCAAUGCUUUGAUUUGGGCUGCAUGGAGUGGUCACACUGAAAUUGUGAAAUUUCUUAUUGAAAAAGGUGCCAGUAUAGAUUCUAUCAAUUCGUUUAAAAGAAACGCAUUAAUGGAAGCUUGCUUUAUGGGGCACACGGAGACUGUUCGACUUCUACUAACUAAAAACUUUAACGUAGAACAGAAGGAUAACAAUGGAAAUACUGCAUUAUUGCUUGCUUGUGAAGAUGGACACCUCAAAGUUGUUGAAUUACUUUUACAACACAAUGCAAGUCUCACUGCUGUAGAUAAACAUGGAUAUAACUCUUUACUUAAGGCUGCAAUAAAGGGUCAAACAGAAGUUAUUAAAUUUAUCAUUGACAAAUAUGUAGACAUUUACGAGGUUAAUAACUUUCAAAGAAAUGCGUUAAUGGAAGCUAGUUUUUUUGGACACACACAAACUGUUCAAUUCUUACUAACAAAAAAUUUUCCGAUCGAAAGAAAGGAUAAUAAUGGGAACAAUGCGUUAUUGCUUGCUUGUGAAGCUGGACACCUUAGCUGUGUUGAUUUACUUUUGCAACGAGAUGCAAAUCUUAAUAGUACAGAUAGUCAUGGAAAUAACGCUCUACUUAAAGCUUCAUUGAAAUGUCAUUCCGAAGUUGUGGAGUUAAUUUUAACAAAAAAUGCAGAUAUUAAUUGUGUCAAUAUAUAUUUUAAAAGUGCUUUAAUGACUGCCUGCCUUAAAGGAAACACGCAAAUGGUUCGAUAUCUAUUAAAUAAAGAAGUUAAUAUCGAACAAAAGGAUAAAUAUGGAAACAGUGCGUUAUUGCUUGCCUGUAGUAAUGGACACCUGAGUAUAGUUCAAUUACUUUUGCAACAUAAUGCAAGUCUCGAAGCUAUAAACAAUAAUGGAUCUAACUCUUUACUAAAAGCUGCACGUGGUGGCCACACGAACACUAUUAAUUUCUUAAUCCAGAAACGGACCAAUAUAAACUACGUUAACAAAUUUCAGAGGAAUGCUUUAAUGGAAGCUUGUAUGAUGGGACACACAGAAACUGUUCAAGUUUUAUUGACUGAAAAUUGUAAUAUUGAACAAAAGGAUAGUGAUGGAAAAAGUGCGUUAUUGCUUGCUUGCAAAUCCGGACACUUUAGCAUUGUUGAUUUACUUUUGCUACAUAACGCAAGUAUCGCUGAUGUUGAUAAUAUCGGAUAUAACGCUUUGAUUUGGGCUGCGUUUGGUGGUCACACAGAAGUUUUUAAAUUUUUAAUUGAAAAAGGCGCUGAUCUUAAUUGUAUCAAUAAAUUUCAAAGAAAUGCAUUCACAGAGGCUUGCUUUAAAGGGCAUAUCGAAAUUGUUGGAUUGCUAUUAACGAGCGAUUUAGUUACCAAACAAUUGUGUAAUAUUACAAAUAAAGCUUUGAUGCUUGCUUCUAAAGCUGGAAAAGUUGGAAUUGUAGAAUUGCUUGUGCAACAUAAUUCAAGCUUAACUGGUGUUGAUAAUAAUGGAGAUGGCGCUUUAAUUUGGGCUGCACGCGGCGGUCACACAAACGUUGUUAAAUUUCUUAUUGAGAAUGGCAUAGAUAUCGAUUGCACCAAUAAUUUUCAAAGAACUGCAUUUACAGAAGCUUGUUUUAAUGGGCAUACACAGACAGUUCAAUUUUUAAUAAGUAAAUUUUUUAAUACGAUAAACACAAAUAAUAUUGGCAAUAACGCUCUAUUGCUUGUUUGCGCAAAAGGACAUCUAAAGACUGUGCAAUUGUUAGUGCAUUAUAAAGCAAGUCUCACUUAUGUAGACAACAAUGGAUGCAACGCUUUAAUCUGGGCUGCGCAUGGUGGCCACACAGAUAUUGUCAAAUUUCUUAUCGAGAAAGGCGCUGAUGUUAAUUGUUUUAGUCGAUAUCAAAGAAAUGCUUUGAUGGAAGCUUCUUUUAUGGGACAUACAGAAACUGUUGAGUGUUUACUAAGAAAAGAUUUUAAUAUGAAACAAACGUAUAAUACUGUCAGUAUUGCUUUGAUGCUUGCUUGUGAAAAGGGGCAUCUGAAGACUGUUGAAAUGCUUGUGGGUAAUGAAGCAAGUCUCGAUGAUGUAGACAAUGAUGGAUGUAACGCAUUAAUUUGGGCUGCAUGGGGCGGUCAUACAGAAGUUGUUAAAUUUCUUAUUGAGAAAGGCGCCGACAUUAAUCGUGUCAAUAAAUAUCACAGAAAUGCAUUAAUGGAAGCAUGUUUUAUGGGCAAUAUAGACACAGUACGUUUUCUACUCACAAAAGAUUUUUGCAUAACACAAUGCGAUAAUUCAGGCAAUACUUCGUUAUUGCUUGCUAUUCAAGCUGGUCAUCUCAGUGUUAUCGAAUUACUUUUGCAACAUAACGCAAGUCUCACUGAAAUUAAUAAAUGUGGAAAUAAUGUUGUACUCAAUGCAGCAAGUAGCGGCCACACAGAAAUUGUUAAAUUUUUUAUUGAGAAAGGCGCUGAUAUGAAUUGUGUGAACAAUCUUCAGAGAAAUGCGUUACUUGAGGCUUGUUUUAAGGGACAUACAGACAUUGUUAGACUCUUACUUAAAGAAGAUUUUAAUAAUGGUAAAAGUGCCUUCAAGCUCAGUUGUGGUAGCGAAUCAAAUUCUGUCUUGAUAUUUAAAGCACUUACCAAGCGUUUUAAAAAUUUAGAUAUUGGUUUCCAGUUACUUUACAAUGAAUUGCUCUCAUGCGGUAAAUGGCCAACGGCAUGGCAGUCUUCAGAUUCUAAAACUUCUACAUUCAACGAGAUAAUAAAGAAAUUAAAGGAACACCAAACACAUUUAGAAGUGGAAAUGUCGGUAGAUCAGUUGCGGCAACAAAUUAGAGAUGUUAUGUCAACGAUCAGAAAUGCAAACGAAUUUAACUACGUAGAAUGUUACGUGCAGCAAAAAUUCUUUGAGGUGGUGUGUAGUGUGAUGAGAAAAAAAUCAGUAAAAGAAUGUUCUGAAAUUGGAAAACAUCUUGCCGAUUUAAAACUCGCAGAAUUGACAGUUCAGCCCUUUAGAUUACACAAACUACUAAACAUUUCAGCCCCAGAGUUUAUUAACAUGAUUCUUCAAAAUUUAAAAUCAUUUUGUAAAUUUAGCAGACGAUUCUCAAAGUCUUUGGCACAGCAGGGAAUAAUAGAAAUUCUACUAGAGAGAUUACAUAAUUUAGAAACGAUUAAACAUAAACAAUGGGUCUUGUUUGUAAACCUAUCUGCUGGCAUUAUAUUUCAUUUAUUAGAAAAUGAAAACACUAUAGAGAAAUCUAGCGCUGAAAAAAUUUAUACGGUUUUUUCAAUGUUCGAUUGUCUGAAAGAUACUGAUACAUGUAUGAGAAUUCAUCUUUUAAAAGUCUUAAUAGAUCAAACCGAAAGAUCGUUUUUUCCCACUAAAGAGGAUGCACAGAUGAUAACUCAGGGUUUAAGACAAGCUAUAGCAAACACAAACAAAUCAUACAACGACUUUAGUGUGAUAUCAUUGAUACGAUGCCUCACGAAAAUGUGUUUACACGCUGAAAUAAUUUAUGAGGUUCUAGCUGCGGAACCACUAGACUGUCUUCUGAGCCUCAUUCGAUCUAACAAUGUAAUGGAACAAGAAGCUGCACUUGACUGCCUAAAAGCCAUAGCUGAGAAAAAACCUGGCAAUUAUAAAAUAUCUGAGCAAAAACAAAUAGUGUCGUUACUAGAAAAAAUGCAAAGUUGUGAGCUCAAAAUAAUACAGAAAAAAGUAAUCUCAGUUUUAUGGCUUGUUAAACGAGAAGCAAUAACUGUUGACAACCAACAAGAAAUCAUAGCCCCUGGCUUUCCUGAGAAAUGGGCAAAGUCGACGUUUCUUGGGAAAGGACAAUAUGGAUUUGUAUAUCUUUUAAAAGAUUUAAAUAGAAAUAACGAUAAAAAGUUUGCACUUAAAGAAAUGGAACUUGACGAGGAUUUAUUCCCAAAAAUCAAAACAGAGCUGAAGAUAUUGUUCAGAUUAAAUCAUCCGAGACUUGUAUAUUUUUUCGGAUUUCAAAAGAAACAAAGCAGCAUAUAUAUGUUUUUCGAAUACAUGCCAAUGGGUUCACUUAGAACGUAUAUAAAAAUUAAAAAGAGUUUGUGUGAGGAAAAGAUCAAGUUAUUUACAAGGCAAAUACUAGAAGGGCUAAAUUUUCUACAUAACCAAAGCCCACCAGUUAUACACAGAGAUGUAAAAGGUGAAAAUGUUCUACUAGAAAAUGAGCACAGAGUUAAGCUAGCCGAUUUCGGAUUGUCUAAAAUUGUGACAAAAUCCAAUCAACCGAAAUCAUGGAACGCAGGUACUACAAAGUGGAUGGCCCCAGAGGUGUUGAAAGGAAAUACUGAUACACCAUACGACUGUAAAGCUGACAUUUGGAGUCUGGCCUGUACAGUUGUAGAAAUGGCCACACAACAUCCACCAUGGCCAAAACACGAGGAAGUACAACACAUGUAUCAACUGGCAAAGGAAUCUCAACCCGAGUACACUCUUGCAGAAACAUUUUCCCAAGAUAUACGCGAAGUUUUAAAUAAAAUGUUUCAGUACGAUCCUGCAAAUAGAGCAUCAGCACGCGAACUUUUGAAUGAAUCGUAUGUUAAAUGGAAUUUCAAAUCAUACCCUUAAUUUAAAGUGUAUAAUUAAUUAGAAUAUGCUCAUUAUUGGAUCAUAAAUUAAAAAUUGUCUUCAAUAUUUUAAAAUAACUUUAAUCACAUAUAUAAAUGGAGGCUACGGAGUUGAAGACAAUAUCCUUCUAUCCUAUUGUUGACAUGGACAUCUUUCGUUGUUGGUUUUUGUUUUAAUUUUUAAUAUUCGGAUUUUAUAGUGCCCGCAAAAAAAAAAAAAAAUCUUUAGCCUAAAAUAAUUCAGAAAUUUAAUAUUUAUAGAAUCAAUGUUAUAAAUGUUUUCAAAUCCAGAUAACUUGAAUUGUUUUUUUGUUUUUUGAGAUUAAGGUACGUUUGUAUUUAGUUUUAUUAAACCUAAGUUAUAACCAGAUGAUUCACUCUCGUAAGAUAAACUUUAAUUGGCUUUACAGGAACUACGUGAUCGUUAUUUCUUUACACUUUACAGGUAAAGUUUUAAAAAAAACAUAAUGCUAUUUUAAACAACAUGAUAUAGUUCUGCAAUGGUUGAUUACAUUUUGUAUAAUACAAUCUAUGCUAGCCUAUAAAAUGCCUUGUAUAUGUCUUCAUUAUCACGUGAAAACCAAAUUGCUUUUGCUUUUAUAGCUGAAAAUAAUAAAAUGCCAAAUACAUUCACUAUUUUUUUAAAUCUGAAAAAUCAUAAAUAAUGAGGGUUUAUAUCCACAUUAGUUUUAGUUACACCAAGCAUUUUUUUAAAGAUUUAAUUGGCGUCUCGAAUACAUUUGAGACUAUUCUGCUUGGGUCGAUUAAUAGAUUUUUAAUCUGAAAACAUAAUUUCAAGAAAAAAGGAAGUAGGCCUAUACGUUUGUCACUGUCAUUAUAAAAAUUAUUUCGUUAACUUUCACAAAAUAAAAUAAAAAUGAAAUUUGUCAUUGUGUAUUUCAAAAGCUGUUUUAUAUUUAGCCUUAUUCAUGCAUUUUAUUUUUUAAAAGCAUGGUUCUUAUACUUAUCGUUAAUACAUAUAAGAAUUCAAAUAUGCAAUAUCAUUUCAAACCAUAAAAAGUAUAUAAAAUAAUAUUCUAAUGCGUGUAGAAACCACUUGCGUGCGUAAGAUAAAGAUUUAAAAUAUUAGGCCUCAGUAUUUUUAAAUUAACAAUGAAUAUAUAAGAUGUACUAAUGUUUUCGUUUUUAGUUUCAUCAGAUAUAUCUUAUUUUGAAUACCUUCCUUUGAUUUUUAGUUAACUGUUUAAAUUAUGCUAUUAUGUCAUUAUUAAAAUAAUUAUAAACAGACAAGCGAUAUAUUCGGGUACAACAAUUGUGCCGCACAUUAUAUUUUUUAUUAACCAGAAGGUUUUAAAAAAAAAAAUAGAUUCAGUUCCAAAAUGUGACAUUGUUCGUGUUAAUACAACAUAGAACCAUUCAAAACGUUAUGUUAGCCAUCUAUUACAUGCUAGCCGUCGGUACUUGUUUCACGUGAAUUAUAGGCCUAUAUAUUUUAAUGUUCCACUUGUUUGAGAAAAUAUUGCUUCAAACAUUUAUUGCUCGAAACGCAAUAUUCUUUACUACACGUCAAAUGAUAUUAGUGACAAAACAAAAAAGUAACAAAAUAGCUAAAAAUCCUAUACAUUUAAAAUAAAAUAGGCUACCAAUACCUAUUAAUAAACAAAUUAUUUUCAUUAUUAGUCAACACAACACGAUAUUAAAUGAUUACACUGAUUAAGAUAAUUAAAUGGUUCCUUUAAAAAACACGGCUGUUCAACGGCUUUUCUGUUGUUUUUUAAAGUUAUUUAUAUAAUUUUUUGCCGAGAAAAUUGUAUACAUUUCAUAGUGUAGCCUACGUCUCGAUAAAUAGAUCUAUAGAUCUAAUUCAUAUUUGAAUGAAAUAGUUUAUUUCUUUAUAUUCUAAAAUUGGAAGAUGACGCCAUUGGUGUUUGUGUAGUUUCCAUUGUUUAAAUAUGUGGCAAGUGACAUCAUUGUUUAUUGCGUUCUUGUCACAACCAUAAACACGUUUUCGGUUGCAUAAUUAAAAGUGUGUUUCUUCAUUCAAAUAUGCCUUUAUUUUUUUCCUUCUUUAAAUAAAAUGUAUUUUAUUUAUUUAAAACACCCAGCAUGUUAUUUUCAACAUAAGUCAGUAUCGAGUUCUCCAUAUAUCGCUGAAGAUACUGAUCUCAUGGCCUGUAAAAAUAUUUUUUAGACAGAGAGAGAGAGAAUUGCGCACAUAUCUAAUAUAUAAAGCUCAAUUCUGUAUGUAAAUAUAAAUUUGUUUGUCGUGGAUACUUUGAUGGAUUUAAGUGUUAGACUAUUAUCGUGCUCAUAGUCUACAUUUAUGAGUUAAAAAAUUACUAUUGAAAGUCUUUAAAACAAUUUUCAUUUUAUGUACUUAGGAUAAUAACUUUUAAUUAUGAACAUUACAUAAAUUUUUUAAAAAGUG